UAUUUAGCAUCGAUAUUUUAUUAGGAUAUCCCCUCAAAAAAUAUUAUUAUUAGGAUAUAGUAGUAAUAUCUAACAUUGCCUAAAUUACUUGUUCAUAUUGCCUCACUCCCUAUAUAUACCCACCACAACAUUCCCAAUCUCUUCAACUCUCCUCUAUUUGUCUUCUAGCUUUUCUAUCUCUAUCUGCAGACUUCAGUUUCUUAAGAGCUAAUCACAAAGAAAGUGUACAUGGUUGAUAUUCAGAUCCCAAGCACAUUUGAUCCAUUUGCUGAGGCUAAAGAAUCAGAUGCACCAGGUGCAAAAGAGUAUGUGCAUAUUAGGAUACAACAAAGGAAUGGAAAAAAGAGCCUAACAACAGUGCAAGGACUGAAGAAAGAGUUCAGCUAUGAGAAGAUCCUUAAAGAUCUCAAGAAAGAGUUUUGUUGCAAUGGAAAUGUUGUGAAUUGCAAGGAUCUUGGCAAGAUUAUCCAACUUCAAGGUGAUCAACGCAAGAAUGUUUCUCACUUCCUCAUUCAUGCUGGUCUUGUUAGAAAGGACAACAUCAAGAUUCAUGGUUUUUAAUCAAGAUUUAUUCAUGUUUGUGAUUUCUAUAUGCAUGCUUGUAAUAAUAAAAGUUGCUCAAGUUUGAUUUAAGACGAGAGUGAUAUUUAUUAAAUAAGUAAACAAAGAUUUGGAUUAAUUGGAAUAUUUUUAUUUAUA